ACGGGAGGACAACUUGUGGAGUCAGACUCCGCUGGGCGGGAGGAGGGUGCUGAGCAUGCCGGCACUGGUUGUAACCACACCCCGAAGGGGGAAAGUCUUCGGGUGGUGGGGGAGGAGAAAUGGUGACAGGUGCUGUGGGAGCUGCUCUUGGCACCGAGGGAGGACGGACUCCUGGGAGCAGCCGCCGCAGCCACCUCCAUCGCAAGGGAGCGUGAGACCAGCGGCAGCAGGCGCCCCCGAAGAAGCGCGCGCAAUGGGAUCCCCUCAGACUUCGCCCCUCGCGCACAUCUUCAAAGGGACCUUUGCGCACUCCAGCCGCACCUCACCAAUGGACGUUCUGCAGGGCCACCUGUUGGGGAUACAGGAAAGCGGGAAGAUUGCAUUUUUGGAACCAAUUAAAGAACAAGAGAAGCUGGUAAAGGAAUGGGGAUUCAAACCGUCUGACAUACGAGAGCUCAGUAAUAAUGAAUUCUUCAUGCCGGGUUUGGUUGAUGCGCACAUCCAUGCUCCUCAGUAUUCUUUUGCAGGAAUACAACUAGAACUGACACUCUUGGACUGGCUGAAGAAAUACACUUUCCCAACAGAGGCCAUAUUCAAAGACACUGAUUUUGCUAGAGAAGUUUACACUAGAGCUGUGAGACGAACACUCAAGAAUGGCACAACUACAGCCUGCUACUUUGCAACAAUUCACACAGAUGCCUCUUUACUUCUUGCUGACAUUACAGAUAAAUUUGGCCAGCGGGCAUUUGUGGGCAAAGUUUGCAUGGAUCACAAUGAGAUUUUUCCAGAGUACAAGGAGACCACCACAGAAUCUAUCAAAGAGACUGAAAGGUUUGUUAGAGGAGUAUUGGGGAAAAAAUAUCCAAGAGUGCAUCCCAUAGUAACACCCCGCUUUGGACCAUCCUGUACAGAGGAAUUACUUAGUAACCUUGGUAACUUGGCAAAAACUCAUGAUAUUCAUGUGCAGAGCCACAUAAGUGAGAGUAAAGAUGAACUCAAACUUGUAAACCAAAUGUUUCCGUCAUAUAAAAAUUAUACAGAGUUGUAUGAUAAAAACAAGCUUCUUACAAACAAGACCAUAAUGGCUCAUGGCUGUUUUCUUUCUGAUGAAGAGCUGGACGUGUUUAGUCUUAGAGGAGCUGCCAUUGCACAUUGUCCGAAUUCAAACAUAUCAUUGCGUAGUGGGCUUUUCAAUGCAAAAAAGAUUCUGAAGCACAAUGUGAAACUUGGCCUUGGCACAGAUGUUGCUGGUGGCUACUCAUCUUCCAUGUUUGAUGCAAUCAGAAAGGCCGUUAUGACAUCUAACAUUCUUAAUAUUAAUAAUGAGCUUGAAAGCGCUUUAACUUUGAAGGAAGUUUUCCGACUAGCAACUCUUGGAGGGAGCGAAGUUCUAGGAUUAGAUACUGUGAUUGGAAACUUUGAGGUCGGCAAAGAAUUUGAUGCCCUGCUUAUCAACGCAAAAGCAUCAGACAGCCCUUUCGAUGUGUUUGCUUCUGAUACUUCUGAGGAUAUUAUCCAGAAAUUCCUGUACCAAGGUGACGACAGGAAUAUCGAAGAAGUUUAUGUGGCUGGCAAACUGGUGGUUCCAUUUUCAAGUUCUGUAUAAAAUUAGAUCCCCCUUUCUGCAAAAUGCUCUGCUGGUAACUCUAUAGCUUGGAAGAAGUGGGUGAAAAUGCGGUGCCUUGUUGUGAUGAUGCCAUGCUCAGUUUGUUUAGUAGGUUUUAAAUUUGCACAAAAACAUUGUAAAUCUCAUCAGAUGCACACACACACACACACACACACACACACACACACACACACACAUAUUGUGCCAAAAUGUAUCCUAUUUGUACAAGACGAAGAGAGACCACAGUAUCUAAAAUAAGAACAAACUUGACUGUGCAGGAGCACUUCACGCACAUAUAAAGAAGAAUUGGCAGGUAAAUUCAUAGUAUGCAUUUGCCCUCUUGAGAUAUAUUAAUAACAGCCCUAAUGUUAAAUUUUUAUCCCACAAAACUUUGGGAUCCUUAUUCAUGACUGAGAUCCAAACCACUUCUGUACUGGGUGUGUGGGUGUUGCUGAUUUCCCCAACGUACCUGCAUCCCUCUCCCUGUGGACAUCACAGGCCACUCCAGAGGGGUCCCAAUCCCCACUUGUUGCUUUCCGUGGGGCUCAAGGAGCUGAAGAAUAAAGGAUGCUGGGAAAGCCCUGGUGUGUGUGUACACAAAACAUCUUUGGACCCUGGUCACUAUUUACACAUUCUGUUUGAGCAAAGCAAAACAUAAUUGCUAACGAAACCUAAGCCCAUUAGUUUCACCUCUGAGGACAAUAGAAACUACUCAGGAAUAAUAGGGCAAGGAUACAUAAGAGGGAGAUUGGCCAGGGAAAAUUGAGCACAGGUGCAAUUUUAUCCCAGUUUUAUUCAGUCAUCCCAGUUUGUAACCAUUUCUUGUGUUUUUGCAACGUCUAUUUCAUUCCUCCCACAAAAAGCAUUUUUAUGGGAGGUUCAAAGGUUAACAGUAAGUUCACAUUCUGCUGUCCUACUUCCUUCUUAUAAGCACUGCUAGAUAUAGGUAUUUACCAUAGAUUUUGUUUCCACAGACAUUUGCAGCAGAACACACGCACACACACACACACACACACACACACACACACACACACACACACCAUACCCCAAAUUGCUGCAGAUCCAAGUACCUGUUUCAUUCUAUUCUAAGGCACCAUUUAUUUCCCCUUUCCAAAUAAUCCCCCCAUGACGAUAUAUAUUUGCUUGCAUUUAAACUCACUGCUGGCGAGGGGGAGAUUUGCUGCUUGGAAACAGCAGGCGGGGAAAGGGGUUUACCCUGCUGCAUCUCUUAUUCCCACUAACCCUCUGGAAACAGCAUUUCCCAGUUUCCAGAGCCUCAGGAUGAUGAUGGCUACAUUUGCAAGCAACAUCUACUUUGACUGCAAGAGCAGCGUUCUAGGGCACAGGCCAUGCACUCGUUGAUUCGGUUUGCACCUGACAAUUCAUUCUUACGUGUCCCAUAAGUUUGUGAGGAGAGGAUCAUGUUCCGUUGGAUGGCAAGAGAAGGAGAUCCACUUGACAUCUCUAUAAUACAUUGUUUUGGGGACCACUCUAUUUUUAUAGAACAGUAUAGAUCCCUGGUUGGAAAUAUACUUUUAAUGUGAGUGUUUAGAUCAGAGAUGGGCAACUUCAGGCACUAUGAUGGCCAAUUGCCCAAGACCCCAAACCGGACUGCACUCUUGCUGUGGUGGUGUGGUGAAAUCCCCUUGAAAUCAAGCUAAACUUGUCUUUAGUAAGCCUCCAUAGUGGUUCAUCUGCCAAUGUUUUUCUUUUUUUACUCAGUUGGGGAGGGGAGGACAGGGGAGAGCAGGGGUGACAUUUGGCUUGGCAGGCAGGGGCUACAUGCAGCCCAUGGACCAUGUAUUCUCCACCCCUGGUUUAGAUGAACCCCCUACCACUGCAAAUUAGGCAGGUGUGAACCCUUCUGUGUUUUCAGCACCUAUUGAAAUUAUACGUUUUCCAACAGGCAUUCCCAUGAAAGUAAUCUUGUCCUCUGCAUGAAGACAUUUUGUUGUCAUUGUGCAUUGGUUAGAAACUCCUUUAAUGUGAGGAAUUCAUAAGUAUCAUUAAAUAAACAAUAAAGUAAAAUAUUCUAAAAGAGGUUUGCAAUUUUGAUCUACACAGAAGCUGCACUACUUGCAAAUCUACCCUGCCCCCAAAUAAUAGAAGUUGCCAGGAAAGGUAAAAUAAUAGACCCAAUGCUAUGGGAAGAAGCACCUUGUUCUCCUAGAGCCUCAUACACUGAUUUCACGAUGCCCUCAGGAAGUAUUCAGUCAGAUGGUGGAUGGGUAUCAAUAGCCUGGCUUAUGGAACGCAAUUGCAUGGAGGAUUUGCAAGCCCCAGAAUUAGCCAUAUUCUUCAGAACCUGGAAUGUCUUAAUAUUAAUCUUUGUAAGCCACUCUGGGAGCCUUGUCUGAAGAGCAGAAUAAAAAUGCUCUAAUUAAAUAAUAAACAAGUUACCUCUGGAAUUAUAACUGGGUGAAAUAAAUCAGGCAUGGUAGGAACCCAUUUAUGUGGGAGGAGUCUCCCUCUCUCAGGUUCGGAGGAAGAAGCAUCUCUUGCUGCUUUCACCUUCAUUGGCAUACCUCCUUGUCAAUCUAAAGUGCACUUCAUUGAAAGAGCGCUGUCACUUAAUGGCUGAUGGGGCAUAGAGGAUGAGGGCAUGAGGAAUGUGAUGCAGGUUCUUAGUUCCAAGUUUAUUUCAGCCAUGGUCUCACUUAGGUGGCUUUGGACAAAACAGUGUUUCUUAACCUCAGUCCACCCCCCUCUCCCCGCCCCUGUCGUAUUAUGGGAUAAUGGUACUGGCCUAGAUGUUUUAGUGCAAUAAUGUGUAAUGUGUGUGAAGUACUUAGAAAAAGUAUUCUAGAAACACUAAUGUUACAAGAAUUGUUAUUGCCCCACAGACUGGCAAGUGCAAAUGUAUCCAGCUUGGACAGAGGAUGUGUGCCUUCUAUUGAUCCUUACAGGGCUUCUCACACUUGUAGGACACUUUUAGGUUAAUUACUAUGGUGCAGUGAUGGUCUGGGAGAUUCUCAGUAGAAAAAGGUGAGGUCCUCACUCACUAUUGUUCAUAGUUGUAUAGGCAGAGCAGAAAACACACACACACACACACACACACACACACACCGUUAGGCUGGUCACAAGGUGUAACAAAGGGUGCCACAUUCACUUAGCCAAGGACCUGUCCCCAAAUUGCUACUUUGGAAAAACACCUUAGGAAGAGUAUCUGAUGAAUAGUUUCACUUUCUCCACCAUUUUCGUUGUUAGGAUGUUUGAUACUGGAUGUGUCUUUUUUUUUCUUAUGUUCUUUGUCAGCAUGAAAUUUAGACAAAAAAAAAGAGAGAGAGAGAGAGAGAGAGAGAGAGAGAGGAAGAAGGUAGAUUAUGGAAAUAAAGCUUAUUGCGGGUAAAAUGUUUAAAUGUGCACUUUGUGGAAACAAGCACUUUCUUUUUAUUACAAAUGGAAUUGAUUUAAAUGCAUAAAUCUAUCUUUAUCUUAGUGUGCCACUUGUUAACCUUCUGUUUGAAGAUGUUAAUGAAACUGAGUAUUGCCUGGGCUUUGUACAGUUAUUUAAAUGAUUCCCACAUGGUGAGUAGAGCUUGCACUUUAAAAUGUUACCCUGGCUUAGUAUUCAUGUUCUGCAGUAUUUGAGAGCAGAUAGCUUAGUGAACUAAGGAGAGGUGCUUCACAUUAUUGACUUAUCCUGGAUGCUUUUUCAGGGUACUGAGCCAGUACAUUUUUGCUGUAACAA